UUGCUCACUAAAAUAUUUGCAGUAAAAACCAAAACAAAGCAUAUAUAUUACCAUCUAACUAAUUAUCAAUAGGCUAGCUUACUGCAUUAACAAUGAUUUUUCAGUAACAGCUCAAGAGCUGCACAGGUUAAGCCAAGGAUGAUGCAAGGGUGGGAGGGACAUGUUUCAGAUUUCUCUGUAUUUGGCCAGUCCACCAUCCUGGAUUAUUUCAGUCUUAAACACAGCCUGCUGAAGUAUUUAGGUGAUAAGUUUGCUUGCUUUGUAUUGCGUUUUAAAGGGACACCUGAUAUGAGUCUCUCUGACCAGCUCUGCAAUGCCUGUGCAACUGGAAAUCUAUUAGAAAUCAUAACUCUACUGCAAAACGGAGCUGAUGUAAAUGGAAAAAAUGUGUUUAAUAGGACUGCAAUACAGGUAGUGAAGUUGGGGGACUCCCGGGUCAUUGAGACCCUGCUGCAAGCGGGGGCAAAUCCAAAUGUGCCAGAUCCCUCCUGCGGUCUCACCGUGACCCACGAUGCCGCUCGUGAAGGAUUCGUGGAUUCUGUGCGCGCGCUGCUAACAUAUGGGGCCGAUGUUAACAUCGCAGAUGAAAAAGGUAACCUUCCGCUGCACCUGGCCGCCAGUAAGGGUCACGUGGAGGUUGUCAGGCUACUCAUUGGAUACACCGAGAAUCGCGGCGUACGCAACAAUGACGGACUCACCGCCGAGCAGCUCGCGCGCGGCAAUAGCCACACGGACACAGCCACGUUCAUCCAAAACCAUCAGUAAGAGGAAGGAUAGGAUUAAGAGAACCUGGAAUCCGUUUGGAAACUUCUUCUGAUCUUUUGUUUCAUGGACUUUUUUCCCGGGACAUUGAACACAUCGAUAAGUAAAAAAAGUAAUUAGCACUACAAAAAUCUGGUUAUUAUAUUCACAGUCUAGUGGAAAGAAUACUUAGCAACACUUGCUUACUAAAUCAAAGAAUGUGACUCUUUCAUAUGGUUAUUGAAAAACUGUGAAAGUGAGUGCAUAAAAGUGUUUUUCUAUUGUUAUUUUUAUGCAUUUACUAACUAACUAACUAACUAAUACCUUACAUACUGUGAAAGAUCACUUUCACAUUCACCAUUAGGUGCACCUACACACCUCCAACACAAUCACAUAAACAUUAACUUCUUUUUGAUGCUGCAUUUUGUUUGGUGGUGUUAUGUUCCAGUCAUCUACACUCAAAAAAAUGAAACGUUGACUUUAAUUAAAAUUAUUUUGUCAACAGGUUCCACGAAAUUGCAUUGUGUUAGUUUAAAGCAAAAAUCUUUAGUUCAUCUAAUUUUAAAAAACUACUUAAGAUUAACAAGAGAUAUUUAAGACUACCUAAAUCAAAUUAUGUUGUAUGAACAUAAAUGAUAUAUUUACAGGUUAGAUAGUUUAGAUUAGUUACUUCAACACAUUUCUUAUUUGUGGCAGUAAAAUGUUAAAUUUAAGUUAGAUUAAUUCAAAUAUUAUAUUUUCAGCCACCUUGUGCUUUACUAAUUAGUUUUACAUAAAUCUAUUUUGUCAACAGGUUCCACACAAAUGAAUUAAGUACAUCCAACUUAUUUUUUUAAAUUUCUUUUAUUGCCAACACAUUCAGUGAGCAUUUGUGUAAACCCAGUCCAAAAUAAAACACAACAGGUCAUUAGGGUUAGUAACUAACAGUAUGUAGACAGAUGGAACAUCAACACUUUAAAUUAAAUGUCUGUAUCUGCCAGAAAUAGAAGAAAAAAACAUUGAAGACCACAUAACAUGUUGAUAAGAUGACACUUGAGUUAUGCACAUGUGAUGCUAGUAAGGUCUGUGGAGUGUUUUUUCUUUUAGUGUCUAAAAUGGAUAGCAAAGUUGCUAUUUGCAAUGAUUGCUUAGGGUCAGUCCAGUAACACAACGCCAAUGAAGUGCUUUCCUUUAACAAUGCAAAGUGAAGUGUCCACCUCAACAGCCACAAUUAAAAAAAAUAAUGUUGUAAUAAUAAUAAUAAUAAUAAAUAGUCCACUGAUAUUAGCAAUCAAAGAAAAUUAUAUCACCAUCCCAAAUAAAACUUUAAUAAAACAUGCCAGCAUUAUGGUCUAACAAUAAAACAGCUUGUCAGCGUUCAGUUUUUUUGCAACAGCACAA